AUGUUCUGGAUGGCCUUCAUAUGGUUAGAAUUUUCUAUAUUGAUCUCAUUGAUAUGGGCACUGGAAUAUGAAACGUCAUUGAAAGACAUGUUUGACGAAGCGAACGACAAAUCACUUCUAUGGGGUCCUUACAGAUCCAAUCUAUACUUAGGAAUCAGACCGAGAGUGCCUGAGUCAUUACUCACCGGAUUGAUCUGGUUCAGAGCCGAUGACUAUAGAUCGGUAGGAAAUGCGAGACACCAAUGUGACUCGGGAGAUGAUAUGGACACCUUUGGUUGGAUGGAAUAUGAUCCACGAUCAGUAGGUCGAGAGAUAAUCCGCGAUACUCAAUUGCAGUUAAGUCUGGAGGCAGACUUUGUAAAGAGUGGUGAUGGUGAGAAUUGGGCUCUUAGAAUUCGAGGUACGUCGAAAGACAAAAAUGCUAUUACAUCGUUAGUGUUCUAUGCUGGUAUGGAGGGAGAGGAUAAUGCGUUGCUGCUGAAAAGCCCUAAGGAUACACCCGAAUUGGUCAAGGGUCACGAAGUUUCCAUGUUUGGAUUUUCCCAACCGCUUGGAGGUGCCUUUUUGCUGAACAUCACGGAAGGUAAUGAUAGUAGACAUCCCAAAGUGAGAAAAUUAAAGGAUAAAUCGUUGGAUCCCAGUAGGACCCAUCAUGUGUCUAUGUUUGUUCCUGAAGAUAACGUGUGGAAAGCUAAAGACAUCUUACUUGUUCUAUUGAGGGAGAACAUGAAUUUUGGAGGAGAUGUAGAGCAGCUCAAGAAAAUUCCCCCUGUGGAAAUGCUACAAUUAAAGAAUCCGUCUUUCAAAGAUGGAAAUGUACACUUCAUCCAAAAGACAUUUAAGGGACCAAUUGAGAUGACAGUGACGUUUAAUGUGAUAGAAAGUGGCGACCAGCUUAAUGAUCAGAACUUUGACGAUAAGUUCAACAAGGCUCUCACUGGGUUUAAAGAUAAAUUUAAUAGAAAAUUCCAGCUUGAGAGACCGUUCGCCAACGCAACUUACACAAAGUUUGCCAGGGAGCUACUUUCUCAACUUCUUGGUGGCAUAGGGUAUUUUCAUGGUAAUCAACUUGUGGACAGGGAAGCUAAUUUGGACCAGGAUAAUGUUAAGUUGGAAGGAAAGCCCGAAGGUCCGUACAGCCUAUUUUCGUGUGUUCCUAGUAGAACAUUUUUUCCCAGAGGCUUCUACUGGGAUGAAGGCUUUCAAUUAAUGCCGAUCCUUAACUACGACUCUGACCUAGCUUUGGAUAUUAUCAAGAGCUGGUUUUCUUUGAUCGAUAGCGACGGCUGGAUAGCCAGAGAACAGAUAUUAGGUGAAGAAUCACGAUCCAGAGUCCCUGAGGACUUCGUUGUACAGAAUCCAAACAUUGCAAAUCCACCCACCAUGAUGAUGAUUUUCAGCCAACUUCUUCAUUUGGCAAACCUUCGGAAGGAAGGUAGCAUAGAAGUCACCACGGAGGGCCAGACAGUUUUAAAAGAAUUGGGAGAUGUUCAUUUAACCAACCCGGAUGUGCUAAAUAGUUAUGCUGAAGAGAUAUAUCCGAAAUUAAGGCUACACUAUGAAUGGUUCAGAACUACGCAGCGAGGAGACAUGGAUGCAAUUGGCCGUCAUUGCAGACAUCCGGAGGAAAUUUAUAGAUGGAAGGGACGUGACGAGGAGCAUUGCUUACCUAGUGGGCUUGACGAUUAUCCAAGAUGCAGCGCUGAUGCAUCCGAACUAGAUGUGGACCUCCUCUCAUGGAUGGGUGUGAUGACCAGGUCGAUGGCAAAAAUCGCUAGGCUUUUAGAUAAAAGAGACGAUGCUAAACUAUACAUGCAGAGGCUUGGAUAUAUUCAGGAGAACAUGGAAGAGCUGCACUGGUCAGAAAACAAUUCAAGUUACUGCGACAUCACAGUGAAUGACGACGAAGAGGAUAUAUUUGAAUGUCACUUGGGAUAUGCUUCAUUGAUGCCAUUUGUUCAUAGAUUGAUUUCAACUGGAUCGAGUCAUUUAUUGCAAAUAUUGAGGGAUAUUAGAGAUCCGGAAAAGUUGUGGACGGAGUACGGAGUGAGAUCGUUGUCGAAGCAGGACGAGUUCUUUCACCAAGGAGAAGAUUACUGGAGGGGACACAUAUGGAUCAACAUGAACUAUUUGAUUCUUGAUGCGCUAUCCUAUUACGGCAAACAUCAAGAUACCACACCGGAGAUUAAGGAACUAGCUGGACAAAUUUACAAGGAUUUACGUACAAACGUUGUAGAGAACGUUUACCGCGAGUACCAAAGGACAGGAUAUGCAUGGGAACAAUAUAACGAGGCCACAGGAGAGGGACAAAGAACUAAGAAUUUCCUAGGUUGGACGUCAUUAGUUGUGUUGAUGAUGAAAAUGCCAGAAACCAUUCAGUAG